AUGGGAUUCAGCGCUGAUUAUGUUCUCGAUGGGAUUCUUGCCUUGGCGGCUCUCCAUAUUGCGCGCUACAAUCAGGGCCGGAGACAUUCCCUCCUCCCGUACGCAAUUGAAUGUCAUUCGCGAUCUGUAUCCAGAGCCACUCCUCUGAUCCCUGGGGUCACGCCGCGAAAUUCCAGCUCCCUUUAUAUCUUUGGGAUACUGACGCUAUUUUACAACCUGGCACGACCCCUUGAGCAAAGCGACGAGCAAAGUUCUAGUAACAAAAUCAUUCCAGAAUGGCUAUAUCUCAUCAGAGGGAUCGACACAGUCGUGAUGGCUGAAGGAUCAGCAGUCAAUUCAUCUCCUGUCGCACUGAUCUUUAAAAUUACCUGGGGAAGUAUGGAGUAUUGGCAGUCUCAUACUCCUGAAGAAUAUCUAUCCCUCAAGGAACUGGAAGAAAAAAUAUGUGCAGAAGCGAGAGCAGAUACGGACUCAGAGCGGCGAGAAAUCUUGAUGGCAACAAUUCAAGCUUUGAAUCGAAGUUAUUCAUUUCUAUAUGGACCAUUCUUUUCGGAUCAGGAUAAACUACGAGGGUUCUAUCAGUGGCUCUUCGAAAUUGAAGAACCAUACCUGGCGCUUGUUAAAAGCGGCGAUAAUGCAGCUCUGUGUGUACUUGGAUUUUAUGCGGUUCUCUUAAAAGACCUGGAGAGAUAUUGGUGGAUGGAAGGCUGGUCGGUCCGUCUAAUCCAGGGAAUUCAUAUGCUCUUGGAUGGAGAGCAUCGGCUAUGGAUCCGAUGGGCCAUAGAAGAGAUUGGAUGGGUUCCCGAGACACUUUAG